AUGGGCCAAUUGAGAGGAUUCUCUGUGUUUAGUAAGAUCGACUUGAGAUCAGAAUGCAAAGCACCUAAGUCAGUGACUGAGAUUAGAAGUUUCCUAGGAUUGGCUGGUUAUUAUCGUAGGUUCAUAGAAGGAUUUUCCAAGUUGGCCUUACCUUUAACUAAGUUGACCCGAAAAGGGGAAUUGUUCGUGUGGGAUACCCAUCGUGAGAAUAGUUUCCAAGAGCUUAAGAAACGAUUGAGCUCUGCACCGAUCUUAGUAUUAUCUGACCUUAGUGAACCCUUCAUAAUAUAUUGUGAUGCGUAUGGUUCAGGAUUAGGUGGAGUACUUAUGCAAGAUGGGAAGGUGGUAGCAUAUGCUUCUAGGAAACUGAAGAUUCAUGAGAGGAACUACCCUACCCAUGACCUAGAACUAGCAACAGUUGUCUUUGUACUUAGGAUGUGGAGACAUUAUUUAUAUGGAUCUAGAUUUGAGUCUAAGGUAGAACACCAAAAACCUUCAGGUUUGAUGCAACCUUUGAGUAUUCUUGAGUGGGAUAGCAUCUCUAUGGACUUUGUUGUACGCUUACCUCGAACUCCAAAAAGGUUAGCUGAAAUAUACAUAAAGGAAAUUGUGAAGUUGCAUGGAAUCCCAUCAAGUGUAGUCUCAGACAAAGACCCUAGGUUUACCUCUAAGUUUUGGCAAGGGUUACAUAGCACUUUAGGUACGAACCUUAGGAUGAGUUCAGCCUACCACCCACAAACAGAUGGUCAGACUGAGCGAACCAAUCAAUCCCUAGAAGACUUGUUGAGAGCUUGUGUGUUGGAACAAAAUGGAAGUUGGGAUAGCUUUUUGCCAUUUAUAGAGUUUACCUAUAACAAUAGUUUCCACUCUAAGAUUGAAAUGACCCCUUUUGAGGCGUUGUAUGGAAGAAGGUGUAGGACCCCUUUGUGUUGGUUUGAGACGAGUGGUAACCUUGUGUUAGGACCUGCGAUUGUUCAACAGACUACUGGUAAAGUAAAAACAAUUCAGGAAAAGAUGAGAGCAUCUCAAAGUAGGCAAAAGAUACCAUGA